AUGGAGCCCACCAAAGUCCAGUCAGAAGGUGGCCUCAAUGUCACCCUGACCAUCCGCCUCCUCAUGCAUGGAAAAGAGGUUGGAAGUAUCAUUGGAAAGAAAGGGGAAACAGUGAAAAAGAUGCGUGAGGAGAGCGGCGCACGAAUCAACAUUUCUGAGGGCAACUGCCCUGAGAGGAUUGUCACCAUCACUGGCCCAACGGAUGCCAUCUUCAAGGCUUUUGCCAUGAUUGCCUACAAAUUUGAAGAGGACAUAAUCAAUUCUAUGAGCAACAGUCCAGCAACAAGCAAGCCCCCUGUCACCCUGAGGCUGGUCGUGCCAGCCAGCCAGUGUGGCUCCCUCAUAGGAAAAGGAGGCUCCAAGAUAAAAGAGAUGAGAGAGUCCACAGGGGCCCAGGUGCAGGUGGCAGGAGACAUGCUUCCAAACUCCACAGAGCGUGCAGUGACAAUCUCUGGGACACCAGAAGCCAUCAUCCAGUGUGUCAAACAAAUAUGUGUGGUCAUGCUGGAGUCCCCACCAAAAGGUGCCACCAUCCCCUACCGCCCAAAGCCUGCCUCUACCCCCGUCAUUUUUUCAGGUGGCCAGGUAAGAGCCGAGCCGCUGGUGGCGUCCACAGCCAACCUCAGCCUUUUACUGCAGCACCAGCCACUGCCUGCCUACACAAUUCAGGGACAAUACGCCAUACCACAUCCAGAUUUGACCAAGCUCCACCAGUUGGCUAUGCAGCAAACCCCCUUUACCCCUCUUGGACAGACCACCCCUGCUUUCCCUGGUACGUACCCAAGAUGCCCUUUGGACACUUCCUUCUCUUUGCAGUCCCCCUGCUCCUCCAACUCAGGUUUGGAUGCCAGCCCCCCGGCCAGCACCCAUGAGCUCACCAUUCCUAAUGAUCUAAUAGGCUGCAUAAUUGGACGUCAGGGAACCAAAAUUAAUGAAAUUCGACAGAUGUCCGGGGCACAGAUCAAAAUUGCUAAUGCGAUGGAAGGCUCAACGGAGCGCCAAAUAACUAUCACAGGGACCCCCGCUAACAUCAGCCUGGCCCAGUAUCUCAUCAAUGCCAGGCUGACGUCUGAGGUCACUGGAAUGGGCACACUCUAA